ACUCAAACUUGCCCCGACAAGUAGUAGCGGUUGCGACGGAGAAUGUCCGGGUGCGGGCUGUAUCGGUCGCUGCUGCGAGCAGCGGUGGGGCUGUUUGACGCCCGGGCGCGGAUGUAUGCGGUGCAGCGGGUGCGGGCGCGGGCACGGGCAGGUGGCGAGGCCGGGCCGCAAGCCCGCGAGGGGCGCAAGGCACUGCGGUAUCUGCGCAAGGCUGUGGGCGGCGAUGCGCGGGCCAACAAACACAUCCUGGCGCUAGCGUACGGAAGCAAGGGCCGGGUGGCGCACCUCGAGGUGCGGCCGACAGACGUGCCGGUCAUGGUGGCGACGGGCGCGGCGUUUGCCACGGUCUCGCGGCCGCCGCCGCCGCCACUGCAUCCGCUCCUGGCGAAGGCGGCGUGGGGUGACGGUAGGUGGCUGGCGUGCUCAGCGCCGGCCGAGUCGAAUCGGCGGCGGAGGCGCAUGUACGGUGAGCUGCUGGCUUCCAACAAGCGGCCGCGGGUGGCGUAGCACGCUGUGGGCAAGGAAGGCAAACGAGUUUAUCACAGCGGGAGAGAGCGGCGCUCAGCGGCGGUUGAUAGCGGAAAUGAUAUCGUUCUUCGCCUUCUCAACCUCGGCCAGGAUCUCGGCCUUCAUAGCCUCCAGCUC